AUGAAAAAAAAAUACCAGUUAAAAAUUUCUGUUUACGGUUAUGAUGUAGAAACUGUCGAAAAGGCUACUGGAAUGGUCGCUGAAAAACUUUUACAACUAAAACUAAAUUAUAGUGAAGAAAAAAAGUUGGCUGAAUUAGUUAAAAGAGAAAGGGAAGUAAACUCUGCUAAUAGUAAGUUAAUUGCUAGCGUUGAAAAACUUAAAUCGAUGGAAAAAAGGUUAGAACAGGAAGAAGAAAGAAUAAACAGCCGUGCUGACCAAAUACUUCGCAAGGAAGAAUUAUUUAUUCAGCAACUUUCGAUAGUCUCGCAAAAGGAAGCAAAAAUUCAAGAAGAAACGGAAAAAGUUAAAAAAAUAGAAGAAAGAUUAGUAGAUGAAUUAGGAAAACUAAUUCCGAUGAGUGGGGAAGAAGCAAAAAGAAGUCUUUUUCUUUUAUUGCAAGAAAAAGUAGACCAAGAUCUAGAAAAAUAUAAAGAGCAAAAGGUUAAACGAUUGUCUGAAAAGGCCAAAGAGGAGGCGAAGAAAUUAAUUUGCUUGGCCUUAGAAAAUUGUAGUUCUGAGUUAGUUACUGUCCGAACAACUAACACUUUGAAAAUAGAAGAUCCACAAAUAAUUAGUAAAAUAAUUGGUAAAGAAGGAAGAAAUAUUAAUGCUUUUCGAAGAAUUACUGGGACUGAUAUUAUUAUCGAUAAAGAAAGCGGUGACACGACAGUUCAGGUUUCUUCUUUUAAUUCUUUAAGGAGAGAAAUAGCUUGUCAAACUUUAAUUUCUCUAGUCAGAGGGGAAAAAUUUUCUCCCGAGCAAAUUGAGAAAACUUACCGGCAAAUGAGUUCAAAAAUUGAUGAAAUUAUUGUUGAAAGUGGGGAAAAAGCAUUGAGAGAAUUGGAAAUUACUGGAGUUCAUCCUGAGUUAAUUAAGCAUCUAGGUAGGUUAAAAUAUCGUACUAGUUAUGGACAAAAUGUUUUGCAGCACUGCUUAGAAGUGGCUAAAAUAACUGGGAAUAUUGCUGCUGAACUAGGUUUAGAUGUUCUUUUGGCCCGACGGGCUGGUCUCUUUCAUGAUAUUGGUAAAUCAGUUGAAGAUAGCAGAGGUUAUUCUCAUGUGUUAAGUGGAGUUAAUUUAGCAAAAAAGUUCAAAGAGCCAGGAGAAGUUAUUAAUGCAAUCGCUUCUCAUCAUCAUGAUUUUCCUGCUGAUAAUUUUUAUUCCUUAAUUGUUUUAGCAGCGGACAGGCUGUCGGCUGCUCGGCCUGGUGCCCGAGGCUAUCAAUUAGAGGCUUACACUGAAAGAAUGAAUGAGUUAGAAAAGAUUGCUAGCGAAUUUCCAGGAAUCAAAAAAAGAGAAGUAAACAUCUAUACUGUUCGAGAAAAAAAAUUCACUCAGAAAUUAAAUGUAGGAAAAGUUUGGGAAAGUAUUCCUUUGGAAUUGGCAGGGCAAAUUGACUCAGGAAAAAGAAAAAUGACUUUCGAAAAAAAACUCAGUGGGAAAAAGAAGAAAAGGAAGUUAGGAAGAAAAAUAGAGGAAUAG